UCCUGCUUUUCCUCCACAGAGCUUUGCUCGUUCACCCACGUAUCGAUACUUGCUGUUGUACAGCCUCUGGGACACCUCCUUUCAUUUUUCUGAUGAUUGCGACAAUAACCACACAAAACUGUCAAGUCUCUUCCAUGGAUAGUCCACUGCGACGAAAUUCGAAUUUGGCGGGUGGACCUCUGCCACUCAUCCCUCGCAGGUCUGCUUCCACAUCACGUCUACCGCUGCCAUCAUUCGUUCCCCCUUCUCCCGCGGCCGCCAGCCCAGUGAAGAUUAACGUGCAAGGUGCUACUCCUCCAGAUUCCGACGAGAAGCCAGUCGCCUCUUCCUCCAAAAUCGACCCUGAUACUAGCUCGUCAGGAUCUGAAGGAGGUUCAAGUGUUCUUCGGCCGAAGAGAGUACUUGGUAUUCCCCGGGCUUCAUUGCAUCAGCCUCCGUCACCCACGCUAUCACUAUCUCGUGUCAAACCGAGCCGCAGGCACAUUUCCGAUACCGACCAGCCCGCUUCAUCACUCCGGGAUACUUCCAUUUCCCGAGCACCCGUUUACACCUUCGGGGAUAAACGUUUGAGCCUCGAUGCUUCGAAGCGGCACCCCUCCGAGUCUCAACCGGACACCGGAACCUCGAGUAAAUCUGCACCCAUCAACGCUACGCCACCCAUGAUCGUCAGGAAUAAGUCUGGGCAGCUAGUAAAGUCAUCGCUAAAAUCGACGAGAACACCACCCAGGGGCAGUCUUUCGGUCAUUACAGGAAUGUCUUCGAGCAAGAGCGAGCCCAACACGCCGUCAUUGUCUAAAGUCGUCCAUUUUGACGCGCAAUUGGAGCAUGUAAAGCUCUUCCUUGCGGAACAAAAACCUUUGGCAGUUUCUCGAGACGGAAGUCCCACCGACGAUACUAGUGGCACGGAUAGCGACUUCCCGCCGUUCAUCUUUGGGGAGCCUUAUAUGUCCAAACACCGACUGGUGAUGAAUGUCAUCAACAUGCCUCCCAAAGUGAACUAUAUGGCCGACGUUGCAAUGGACAGUCUAUUGCUAUCUACAGAUGGACUGAGCGUCACGGGCCGAGUUCGAGUGAGGAAUAUUGCGUUUCAAAAAUGGCUUGCUGUGCGCUUCACUUUCGAUGCUUGGCAAACCACAAGUGAAGUCACUGCGAGAUAUUUGGAAUCUAUUGACUCGAGUUUCGACAUCUUUUCCUUCAGUAUCAAGCUGAAUGAUAUUUUGGCUCGAAUCGAGGAAAGGACGUUGGUUUUGGCGCUGAGGUAUUCGGUGGCGGGUAGGGAAACAUGGGAUAACAACAAUGGCAGGAACUACGUUGCCAAGUUUUCGAGGGUCAAGUCCUCGUCAAGUCGGGGCAAAGCGUCGGGAAGUGAUUCGGGCAGCGACAUUGCUGAUCUAAGGAGGCAGUUGGAGAAAGUUGUACAAAAGAGGGAGAAAGAAGAGCUUGGUUCUUUGCCACCUUUGCGACCAGCCUGUUCGGGUUCUACCUCUCUAGACAGCUCUUCAGAAUUCAAGAAAGGUUCUUCGUUGUCGUCCCGAUAUGAUUUCGGGACAUCUUUGAAAACAAUAUGGAAUCCCCCGGCAAUACGACAUUCACGAACUCACACGUAUCCCACCGCCACCACUUCCUCUCCUCCCAGCUCAAUUCCUUGGCCGACGAAGGAUGCGCCCGAUAGCGUUAAGCAUAACUCGCCACCCGUCAGAUCGAAACCAUUAGGGUCCCCGCGAGACCAAGAUGGCGAUACCUUCCGACCCUCCCCAUAUGUCGCUUCCGAUGCAGCGGACGCACCUUUUGCUCCACCUACAAUUUCUCGACAUCAUCAACGCGGAUAUUUUGACCUCAAUUUUCUAUCAGAUUCCGCACUCAAAAGGACACCCCCGGGGACGCCUAGGAUGAGAUCAGUUGAUGAUUUGACGCCAAUAGCCAGCCCCAGCUCGGGUAGGUGCCACUCGUUCCCGCCUGUAGACGCCCUACGCCCUGCACCAUUAUUUAGCGUGGGUGGUGAUCUGAGCUUCAGGCAGAGAGACGCGGAAUUCGGCGCAGGUAGUGAUGAAUCAACACCCUCUAUCAUGUCUCCGUCGUCGAGCGGCACAUCUUCCCCAACCCCAUCACCGACGGAAACUGAGUUCGCGUCGCUACUGAAUCUUCGUGAUGAGGACAUAUCUAUCGAUCCUAACACCGACUACCACCAGUUUCUUAACCGGCCGUGCAGAUUCUGUUUCUACACUGGUCCGGAUUCCAUUUUUGAUACCGAUUCUGACGUCCCGUCAAGGACGUCAUCAAUGUCGAGCAUUGAAGAUAUCUUCACGGCGUCUGCCACCCCGCGUGUCCCUGUGCUCACGGCUCAGCGUGUUUUGGAUACUCCCACACCAACCCGGAAUGACAGUACCCUGGGCGGUUCUUCGACUCCCACACCGUUCAGUUUCCAGCGACUUCCUCCAUCUUCCGUAACAUUAUGAUGCGCAUCAUGCAUACGUCUUCGAGUUUCUUCGUUUCUCCUUUUACACUCUCUCGAUGGGGGCACCGAUCCUAUUCUGUGUAAUUGUAGCUAAUGUACAGUAUAUUAGUCACGGUAUCUUUUCUUACCAAUACGUUCACCUUAUUUCUCGUUUCAAUCACGCCUUUUCGAUGCCUCGGACAUGCAUUUUACGGUUUAUCAUGUGUACGAUACACUUGCUCCUAGCUUUUUCGAUUUGUACUACCACCAACAUCAUUUAUUCCCCGCUCCCCACACCAAAUCCGUAUCCAUAGACAUUAGCGAUACGUAGAAAGCACAUUUUUAGACAAACUAUCAUUAUUAUUACUCCCCUAUGCACUGCAAUACAUGAUCCCGGUCUUGGUUGGUUACUCUAUUGACCCAUUCUUGUUAUCGUGGAU